AGAAACAAAAAAUAUGCCGACAACAUCAUUUUCCAUGCACAUCGUCAGACAGUAGCGUCAAUAUUGGCAAUAUAUUCAGAUUGGCAGAUUGUUAUAUAUAAAUGCCUUAGAACUUUGGGUCCAAACCUGUGCUAGAUAGUGGAACUGAGAAAAAUAAAUAGAAGGUUUUGGCAAUUAGCAUGGGCAUUCUCAGCUGGAGCUUCAUGUCAUGGUGAUACAUUUAUUUUAUUUAUUUGCUUUUAUCUAUCCUACUGUAGCCCCUUUUUCAGGAUGCACUCAUUUGCCAUUAAGUUAAUUAUUAUCAAAAGCAUAUAUUCAAUGAAAUCUCAGUCGAACUCAGAAGUACUUAUCUCAGUCGAUGAAGAUGCAAGGAAAAUAAGAUAAAAUGAAAGAAUAAGAAAACAGCGUAUGAUUCUUUGAUGUGAACAAUUCUCUCGAUUCUACUGCAAAAAAGUCACUCACGCCAUCUGAUAUGAGUGGGCUAUUUUCUACUUUUGGCAGGUUAAAUGGAGGAAACUUAUCCUUUUCUUCCUUCACCAUUGGCUCUGUAUUUAUAUAGGACUAUAAUACAUAUUUCCCAAUCUAAAUUAUUACAAAUAUGACUAAAACUCUGUAUUUAAAUUAUUACAAAGAUAUCUGACUAAAACUCCAAAUCUAAAUCUCUAAGCUUUAAAAAUAAUCUUAAUAUCAUUAGUAUAUGAUAUAAUUCCAUAUCAUAUAUUUGUAAAUAUUAUAAACAUAUCCAUUGAAUACGUGCAUGUUGAUCCCAAACAGCAUCGUAAAUCCCCAUAUGGUUUAUAUCAUAUACUAUGGCACCAUAACAUUUCUAUUAAUUUUUUUUUUUUUUUAACUCAGAAUAUUAAUGCGGGGCCACAAGGAGGAAGAUCUCAUUAAAAGCCAACAGGUAGCCUAUGCCUGAUGGGUGGCAUUGAUUUAUGCAUUUUGUUCACACUAAAAUUGUCAUUGAUGAGGAAUUUCAGGAAGUAAGAUGUCACAGUGCAGCCAUUAGAGUAACAGAAUAUAUCAAAAAAUGCAUUCAAUCAAAUUCUUUAUUCUGUUUCUGAGCUAUGCUUCUUACCUGCCCCACUUGACUAAUUUUAAAUGUUCACUUAUCAUCUUAAUAAUUUAAAGCUCUCUAUACCCAUUUAGUGGAGAUCAAGAAUUUAUAAUUUAAUCAUCAAGAAUUCUCUUGAUUAUUCUUCUUAAUCACUAUUUAAAGCCACCCAUUUCUUAAAUUUUCCCACCUUUCAUUCCACAGCAAUAUACCAAGCAUGGAGAAUCUCCCUUCACUGCUUUACAGGAACCCAAGAAGGAGCUCCAGGCAAUCCAGCAGAUACCUUGGUGUCCGCCGGCGGCCAUGGAGGAGGUAUGCUGCGGAGAUUCGAAAUCCAUAUACCAAAGAAAGACACUGGCUUGGCACAUUUGACACUGCUGAAGAAGCUGCUAUAGCUUACGAUCUAUCUUCUAUCUCCUUUAGUGGCAUUGAAAGAGCUCGUACCAAUUUUUAUUACCCUUUCUGGGUGCUUCCGCCGUCUCCUCCACUGGCAGUGGCUGCAGUGCCUCCACCUCCACCAUCACUAACGCCUGCUCAUCAACUGGAAGAGGGUGGUGAACCAGUUAGCAUGGAGACGAUAACUGCCUCACAAGAUGAUGAAUCUAUGGUUAUUGCUUCAAUUUUGCAAAGUUUUUGCCAAUCUACUAAUGGUUCCUUCUAUCCAUAAGCUUAUUAUGCUUGCUCCUCCAUUAAGUUCUAUCUUAUAUAAAGGUUAAUUACUCUCUAGAAACUGGUUGAUAACUAUAAUAAAACUUUCAAUUCAA